AUGCCGCCGCCCAGCCUGACCGCCGCGAACGACCGGGUCGCCGCCACCGCCUCCGCCGCGAACGGCCACGCGGGGCCGGACGCGCGCCGCCGCGCGGGCAAGGGCAAGAAGGUCCACCCGCUGCCGGCCGACGGCGCCGCGAUGGGGGACGGCGCUGGCGGCGAGAGGCUGGCGGGCGGGAGGAGGCCGAUGGACUGGCUGUCGCCGUCCGGGGUGGCCGGCAUCCUGCGGCGGCACCCGCUGCCGGCGCUGUUCGCGUGCGGGCUGCUGCUCUUCAUGGGCGUGGAGUACACCAUCCCCAUGGUCCCCGCCGCCGCGCCGCCGCUCGACCUCGGCUUCCACGCCACCGCCGCCAUGCACGCCGGGAUCGCCGCCCGCCCCUGGCUCAACUCGCUCCUCGCUGCGCUCAACACGAUUGUUUCCUUCGCGAUGCAGGCCGCAUACAUCCUGUGGGCCGUCCUCGCCGAGCAGCGGCCGCGUGCCGCCAUCGCCACGCUCAUGAUGUUCACCUGCCGUGGCCUGCUCGGGUGCUCCACGCAGCUGCCCCUGCCGGCGGAGUUCCUGGGCUCCGGGAUGGACUUCCCCGUGGGGAACGUGUCCUUUUUCCUCUUCUAUUCUGGGCACGUCGCCGGAGCGGUGAUCGCGUCCAUCGACAUGCGCCGCGUGGGACGGCGCAGGCUGGCGGUGCUCUACGACACGCUCAACCUGCUGCAGUUCGUCAGGCUGCUUGCGUGCAGAGGGCAUUACACCAUUGACCUGGCCGUCGGUGUCGGCGCUGGUCUCGUCUUCGACAUGCUCGCCGGCUGGUACCUGGACAGCAAGAACAUCGACAGCGGCGACAACCGUUGCUGCAGCAGCUGCCAGAAGGCUCUCGUCUCACAGAAGCUUACAUCAUAG